CUUCGUUUCGCCAGGUGGCGCCGUGUUGUUGGAGGAUCAGGAGAAAAGUGAGCGGGAGAGACCGACUGACAGGAGCUAAAACGACACGUUUUCUGUACUUUUAUGGAAAAAAGCAAUAAGGUGGUAAAAAAAAAUUAGUGGUAAAUAUUGAAACUUGGCCUGGCAGGAUACGCAGCCAACGUGAACGGUAGCUGCUAGCUGCAAGCUAGCCUUAGCUUCUGCUCACAAAGUUGCCCAAAAAGAAAAAACUUCAAAUUUCGCUCAAGAAGGCUGACAAAGAAUCUGGUGCUGUUGUGAAAAGGAGUUUUUCAAGGAGAAAGUAAGUUUUACUGGGAGAUUAAGUGGUCUUGAGAGGACCAAGUGGUCAUGUUUCAGAGGAGCUACCCCAACCUGGCCGUGGUGACACAUGUGGUGAAUGAUGAUCUUAGAGACUUUGUCGUGAGGAGAGAGGUCAGAAGAACCGAUUUCAUGGUUCACGGAGAGCAUGAUGACAGAACCGCACCACAGUUUCGCAACCGUAAAGGCAGAGGCCCUCACAAGGGCCGGUAUGACAGGUCUCGCAGAGACCGCCAGCGUGGAAACCACUCAGGAGGGUUUGGAGGUCCUGGACCACGGUCGAGGCUUGACGAUACUGAUGGAGACGUAACUAUGAGUGAUGGCUCUCAGGACAGCAGCUCCCAGAACAGAUUUAACCCAUACGGAAGACCUUUUAGGAAAGGAGAUGGACGGUUUGACAGAGACAGGCGACAAGGCAAAGGUGGAGGCAGAGGUGGAGGGGGUGGUCCCUUCAGAGUAGGAGACCGAGGUGGCGGAGGAGGGAAAAACCAAUCGGGCUGGUACAAAGUAACGAUACCACAUGGAAGAAAAUAUGACAAGAAGUGGCUACUCACAGCUCUCCAGAACAUUUGUUCCGUUACGUACACGCCUGUACAGUACCACGUGGACCAUAACAGGGUCCAUUUCUAUGUGGAUGACUCCUCUGUUGCCAGUGCUUUACACAAGUGUUCACAUAAGAUCACAGACACCGAUGGUUAUAAGGUCGAAGUGCACGUCAACAAAAGUGCUCCACCGUCAUUCCUCCUCUCUGACCUGAAGCCUGAACACCUGGAGCACCUGAAGCAAUGCAUGGCAAAACGUUUUGAUGGCUCCCAGCAAGCACUCGACUUGAACAACAUUCGAACAGACCCAGACCUGGUGUCCCAAAACAUUGAAGUGAUCCUGAACAGGAAGACUAACAUGGAAGCUGUCAUCAAGAUCAUUGAAGAAAACAUUCCUGAGCUGACGUCCUUAAACCUGAGUAACAACCGUAUUCACAAACUGGAUGAACUAGCUGAAUUGGUUACCAAGGUACCCAAUUUGAAGACGCUCAAUCUUUCCCAAAAUGAGCUAAAGUCUGAUCGGGAGCUGGACAAGUUGAAAGGCCUGAAGCUGGUGGAGCUGUGGCUAACUCGAAACCCUCUGUGUGACGUCUUCAAGGACCAGGCCUCAUACAUUAGUGCUGUGCGCCAGAGGUUUCCCCGGCUUCUCAGACUGGAUGGUCAUGACCUCCCUCCACCGAUUGGAUUUGAUGUGGAAACGCCCACCACUAUUCCCCCCUGCAAGGGCAGCUGUUUUGGCUCCGAUGAAAUCAAGGCGGUCAUCCUUCGGUUCUUGCAACAGUACUACAGUAUCUAUGAUUCGGGGGAUAGACAGCCACUCCUGGAUGCCUAUCAUGAUGGAGCAUCAUUAUCAAUCACAACACCUUACUCCACCCAGAACCCCUCCAGGAGCAGUCUGGGAGAGUAUUACAAAGACAGUCGAAACCUGAAGAGAGUCAAAGACUCCACGAUACGCUUUCGACUGCUGAAGCAUACACGACUGAACGUGGUGGCUUUCCUCAACGAGCUACCAAAGACUCAGCACGACAUCGCCUCCUUUACGAUUGAUGUGAACACUUACACGAAUACACUACUGUCAUUCACAGUGAGUGGAGUUUUUAAAGAAGUUGUUGUUGAUGGGAAAUCGCGAGAAUCCACAAUGGCCUUCUCUCGAGUUUUCAUCACAGUCCCAGCAGGAAAUUCUGGGUUGUGCAUUGUCAACGACCAGCUUUUCAUUCGAAUGGCCACAACAGAGGAGAUCCGCCGAGCCUUUGUGGCUCCUGCCCCGACUCCAUCUUCCAGCCCUGUCCCCACCCUCACUGCACAGCAGCAAGAGAUGCUCACAGCUUUCUCACAGAAGUCUGGCAUGAACCUGGAGUGGUCACAGAAGUGUCUACAAGACAAUGAAUGGGACUUCAGCAGAGCAGCGCAUAUCUUUACUCAGCUGAAGGCUGAAGGAAAGAUUCCUGAUGUAGCUUUCAUAAAAUAAAGAGUGGAAUCAAAUAUCUGUGAAAUAAACUUAAGCGCAGUUACUUUUAUUUAUGGCUUUUGUUCUUUUAUUCUCUCACUUUGUUUAAUUACGAAUAAAGUAGAUCAAGUCUACUUGGGUUAACUGUUUUAACAGCCAAAUGUCAUUCUGCUACUGUUUUUGGUUGUUAUUGUAACCUUAGUUUUUGGUCAUUUGUAUAGAUAUCACUACACAAUUUUUAUAGGAAUAAAGGAUAUGGCCAUUGGCCAAUUGUAUUCAUGUGCUCAUCUUGAUUUUGUUUCUUUAUGUUUAACAAUAAAAUAUAUUUUGUCACAACUGA